AUGGUCAGUUUCGUUGCACACCGACUUGAUGUGAAAGCCCUGUACGAGGAAGACAGAUUGACAAUUGUAGAUCUCACAAAACUUUCUUACACAUCAGUUCAUCGCAAAAUCCUGCUUCGUCAGUAUGUAUCUUUGCAGUUUCAGAUGCUCUUAGGCAUGUGUGAUGCCAUAGCAAGCUGUCGUAAUGGGCUUGGUCUACGCCAGUGCAAGGCCAUAGAUUUUGCAGAGGAUGCAUUUGUAGCAAAGACAAAAUUCAACAUUGCUGCUGCUGAGCCAUCGAUAACUUCCCCCGCGGUACCUGAGAUCAUUGUUCUGGACAGACCUCAAACCCUCCGACCCUCCAUCGAUGAUGUUGUUCUGCACAAAUCUAUUAAAUAUUGUAGGGCUGUACCUUUGCAACAUCUUUGCAUCAUUAACUAA